ACACCCACCGGUAAUGGCAGAUCAGAGUGACCACACUGAUCCAGGUCCUCCAACAGACCCAGGGUUGGAUGUACGAUUUCCCACUGCUCCGCCACCUAUCUACUUGUGCACUCUGACACCAGAGCUGGAGGCAAAAGCACGAGAGGAGCUGCAGGAGAAGCCUGAGUGGCGCCUUCGGGAUGUGCAAGCUUUGCGUGACAUGAUUCUAAAGGAGCAUCCCAAUCUGAGGACACGGUUGGACGACACCUUCCUUUUGCGCUUCCUCCGGGCCAGGAAGUUCGACUACGACAGAGCACUGCAGCUGCUUCUUAACUACCAUAGCAGCAGAAGAGCCUGGCCUGAGGUCUUUCAGGACCUUAGGCCCUCCACAGUGAAGCAUGUACUCGAGUUGGGUUUCCUCACUGUUCUGCCAAGACCUGAUCCUCAAGGCCGCUACAUCUUAUGCUUACGGCCAGGAAAAUGGACACCAAAUGACUAUCCAUUUGUGGACAACAUACGAGCCAUUUAUUUGACAUUAGAAAAGCUGAUCCAACCUGAGGAGACUCAGGUGAAUGGAAUUGUCAUCCUGGUGGAUUACACUGGAGUUGGCUUGUCUCAGGCCUCUAAUCCAGGCCCGCUUCUAGCUAAGAAAGUUGUUAGCAUUCUUCAGGACGGAUUUCCCAUCAGAAUAAAGGCAGUCAAUAUAAUAAACGAGCCCAGAAUCUUCAAGGGGAUAUUUGCAAUAAUAAGGCCGUUUUUAAAAGAGAAGAUGGCUGAAAGGUAUGUCUUGCAUGGUUCGGACCUGUCAUCUCUUCAUCGGGUCAUCCCUCGCUCUGUGCUACCACAGGAGUAUGGUGGUGUAGAUGGGCGGUUGGACAUGACAGCCUGGUCUCGCACACUGCUGGAAGCUGAGGAGGAGUUUGUUGUUGAGUUUUGCCAGCCCAGCCCUUUUGAGGGGGCGCUACUGCCUGACUCUGAGCUCCUAUAUGGCGAACAUCCUGAGGACUCUUACAGAGGCUUACGCUCACAACUAUACUACUGCUACUAAACCCUGUCUGCUUUAAAUGUUGAUUUUUUUAUUAUGAUCAACGGUUAAAAUAUCAUUUUUUCUUAAAUACUUCAUUAUGCUAAAUGCUGUUAACUUAAAGGUAUUUAAAGAGUAUUAUUUAGUUACAAGCUGCUCACAGCAUUUUUUUUUCAUUGGAGUUCAAGUUUUUUUUAAUGAUGAGCAUUAUUAAUGCUUAAAAUGUGAUAUUUCAGGGCUGGUCCUAUCAAGGUGAUUAAUUGGAACGUUGUUUAUUAAUAUCUGAGGGAUGCAGAUUUGAUGUUGUUUGAGAUCAAAAUAUCAGUGUGUUGUUGUGUAAGCUUGUACUGUGUGAUUACAUGUGCAGAUGUUACCUAUAUACAGUUGAAGUGAAACGUUCACAUACACGAAUGUGGUCACUUCUCCUAAUAAUGGUUUAAUCAGGUGUUUGAGCCAUACUCAUUGCUAACAGGUGCAUAAAAUCAAUUCUAUACGAGAAAUUCAUUGCUUCCAAUUUCGUGGCAUCAACUUUGAAAAGGGCAUUUUCCGUUUCAGCAUGACUGUAUCCCUGGGCACAAAAUCUGGUCCAUAAAUACACAAUUUAAUGUUUGUUUUGGUUUAUUGUUCUGCUGAAAAACCCAGUUGUAUCCAAAAAGGGGUUUCUUCAUGACUUUGGCAAGUAGAUAGACAAUUGUUUUGACAGAUACCUUCACAAAGAAAGCUUAAAAGUGCCAUUCCUGACUUUUUAAGAUCUGUAUAGAGGUCUGUAGACCUGUUGUAAUGCCUGUAGCUCAGUCUGAUAGAUGCAGUCAAACUAGUCCUAUUAAUAUGGGCACAGAACUCACCAGCAUCAUAAUUACGAACUUAAUGACAUAAAAGGAACACUUUACACCAUACAAUUAAUAUUGUAUAUUUUUGACCCAGCAGAUUUAUCAAACUAUUUCAUAAAAUAGACAUUUUUUAUUGGACAAAAUCUUCAAUGGACAAACAAUUGUUCCAAUAGUUGCAGAAAUCAUUUCAAUCCAAAGACAUUAAUGAUAUACUUGUCCCUUAUGAGUGUAUGCCUUCUAUCUUCUAAUCUAUCAUGAAGCUUAAAGAAUGAUUGGGCACAGUUUGACUAAUGUGCAUUUGCGCUGUUUCUGUUUCAUGUUUAUGCCUUUUGUUUUCUGUUCAGGCUUGGUGUGUUAGGUUAGGUAUGUGUUCAGAACUUGGUUCACAAUGGAAUUCAGAACUUAUUAUUUCUUGCCAAAUUUAUAAUGACAGUUUAAUGUUCUGUGAAUCAAUGUGUAGGUUAGCUGAUAUUAUAUUUUUAUUCUAAAUAUCAAAUACAUUUAUUUAUUGUCCUAUGGGGAACUUUAUGGUGUUCUAAGUAUUGUAACCUAGUAAGGUUUACAUUUUUGUAAGUCUAUCAAUAUUAUGUUUUGAUUUUAAAAAAUAAGCUCAAUAAACAGUUACCGAAUUUUCAGAAUGAAA